ACUAGAUACUGGGUUAUCUUCCCCCCCGCAUGACCCGGCGCGCCUUUGCAUACAUUCCUUUGAUUCUCCUUCCCUUGCUUUCCCUCUCUGCCGUGCUUUGUACCGGUCACAUACAGGUACAUAACCGUUAUCGCAAUCGUCACCCUGUACCUACAUGUCCUUCGUCAUGAUGUUGUGCGGAUUCACUCCUUUGACUUUUUUUUCUUCAUCUACUCCUUCUUUUGUUUCGUCUUUCGUUUGUAUGAUCGUUUGGUGUCUGCUGCGGGGGACGGGGGUGGAUGCGCGGGAUUUGGAGACGACGGAGGCAGAGAGAACUCGAACAACGAGAACACGCACGUCCUUCACAACUGUACACCCCACAAUCGCCACGAAAUUCCCCAACUUCACGCGUCAGGCCAUCACCUCUCUCGCGCGUAGACCAUCCGCCGCGAUAGCCACCUCCUCCGACAAUGUUCCGUCCUACACCACUGCUCCUGCGUACACCAUCAGCCCCGCCCUCCUCGCCGCAACCUCCUCUUCGCGCCUAAAGUACUCGCACGAAACCUCGUUCCCCGUCCUCUCCGUGAUUGCGCUCGUCCUCGGAUUAUCGACACUCGCGGUGACAUUACUCUACGUGUCGAUGUGCUGGAUUCACAAGCGGCGGAGGGAUCGGGUCGAGAUAGUCGAAGUCGUGCAGGCGCCGGAGAGGCUGGGGACCGCGAGAAGUGAGGCGGCACUGGCGGGGGGUGGGAAGCCGAUGGCCGCGGGAGGGAUGGGGUUUUAGGCGGGAGUAUGAUAAUGCGUGGUGGAGUUCUUCUUCUUUGAUUCUGGGCACGGGCUGUUUGGGGAUAUUAUAAUUUGGUUCUGUUUUCUCAGCGUUUUCAAGCGGGUUGGGGUUAUUGCG